UGACUCGAUCCGGAAACGUUCCACUAGGAGGACAACAACUAAAAGAGGUUUCCAUCCAGAAAACGGACCUUUCUGUCAUUUACAGACAUUUAUCGAUGGAGUCGACGCUUGAACAACAUCUCGAUGACACCAUGAAGAAUCCAGCUGUGGUCGGAGUCCUCUGCACAGACCAGCAGGGACACAGUCUGGGCUGUCGUGGGUCCUUGUCCGAUGAACACGGUGGUGUUGUGUCGGUUUUGGCCAAACAAGCUGCAGCUCUCCUCAAAGACCCGACAGACUCCCCGACCGUCUGCCUGGAGUCUGACUCGGGGAACAUUUUGGUGCGGAGUCAUGGAACCAUCACAAUAGCAGUCCACAAGAUCGCAUCCUGAAGACAGCAGGACUCCUUAGCAGUUUUAUUGCAAUGAAAUGAACAGAGACUAAAUUCAUGCAGUCCAAAUCUGGGAAACACAACUGUCGCUUAUGCAUUCAUUUGCUUUGUCGAAUCUUCAUAUUUAGACUAAAACAGUUGUGCUUGCUAUGUUGAUGCUGUCGAUAUUGGUAUCAUGUAACAGAGCAGCGUGUUUGUUACAUACAAGUUUCUGUAAACUACCUGGCUUUGUCUUUUUUGUUGUUUUAUUUUGUUGCUUUUUUUUUGCGUGUUAAAAUCCGACAUGAACAACUCUAAAUAAACCUUAUCUUGAUUUUCA